AUGUCUCGUUUCCUCGUUUUCAACGUUCGAUGCUCAAAUGUCGAAAAUGGCCGAUUCGCUCAUCUUAUGCGCUCUUUCUACGCCUUAGCUAGUAGGAAGUUCAUUAACAAUCUUGCCAACCUAGCUCAGUAUCAGAUUAGAAUCCAGCAAUUCACAAUACCACGCACUCUUCGGUCGACCUUCAAUGGAACGUUUGAACACAGAGAUGGGCAAUGCACCUGCAGUGCACCACCAGAAGAAUGCCCGCGUGGUCCAGCCGGUCCUCCCGGACUGUUAGGAGAUCCUGGUAUGCAUGGACCGCCCGGACGACCAGGACAAAGAGGUUCCGACAUUGUGGUAUAUAUGAGGAAUCUAGCAGUUGACACAUGUAUUAGGUGCCCAGCAGGAAAAACGGGUCCACCUGGGCCAGAAGGUCGCCCUGGGCCGCGAGGCCCUAUUGGAGAGCCUGGAAAAAGUGCGCGUAUACCGCUGGGGGUAGCCGGACCUACGGGUCCCACAGGCGAUCCCGGAGCUUACGGAAAACCUGGAGUUCCCGGCGCUCCUGGGAAACCAGGGAUGUCCGUGGUUGUCAAAGUCGGAUGGAGAGGUCCACCUGGGCCGCCUGGGCCUGAUGGUCCUCCCGGUCCACUGGGUCAACAAGGGGCACCCGCACAACCAGGAGACACAGGACCAAUGGGUAUGCCAGGAGUGCGUGGAAGCCGGGGGGAGACGGGACCAUCUGGGCCCCCUGGACCGCAGGGUAUUCCUGGAAAACCUGGAGUAGGAGGUUAUGAAUGCCGUUGUCAGCAAAUUCCUCGAGCAGAACCUCUGCAGCUGAAUAGCCCUAUGGAAAAAGGGCUUCCAAUAGCAGCAGAUAAGAUUAGUGCUAGACUUAAGAAGGAAACUGAUGAGAAGAGAAAUCCACUAGAAGGGAAACAGAAAAGUGGUACUGUGCGUCUUCUUGGGAUUAAACUAAUUAUGAAGUGCUUACAUUUGGUUCUUCUAACCUUCUACCUGACAACAAGUUUUGCGCAAAAUGAAAGACAUAGGUGUGGUCAUAAUGAAGUGUUCGACGCCUGUGGAUCAGCCUGUGAGGCUACUUGCAGAAACCCUAACCCUCAAGUGUGCACCUUACAAUGCGUGCCAGGAUGUCGUUGUAGGACCGGAUUCUUCAGAAACGAUAGGAACGAGUGCGUGAUGAAUUGCAACACCAGACCUUUCCCUCCUGGAACAACUCGUCCGCCUGCUGCAAGCUGCGCGCAACAACGAUGCCCUCCAGGAACACAUUGUGAGAUGGUGCCGCAACCAUGUUUCCGUCAACCUUGUCCUGCUCCAAUUCCCAGAUGUGUAAAUAAUGCUCCAGCCAGUUGUUCAGAGCUGCAAUGUCCAACGGGGAUGCGCUGUGAGAUGGUGAGAUUGCCGUGUACAAGUCGACCUUGCGCAGAGUUCGGUCCCGUAUGUGCUCCAAAUAGUCCUUCCACAACACAGCGACCGCUUGUACCGUCAGAUUGCUCGCAGGUACGAUGUGCUCCUGGAAUGAAAUGUGUAAUGGUGCAAGAGCCAUGUAGACGUCAACCUUGUCCAGCUCCAGCUCCAAAAUGUCUGGCUGCUGCAGGACCUCCACAAGCAUCGCCAGCCAGCUGCGUCGGGGCCGUUUGCCCUCCUGGAACUCGUUGCGAAAUGGUCGCUCAACCGUGUCAACGUCCUCCGUGUCCAACUCCAGCGCCAAGAUGUGUGAGCAACGGUCAGCACAGAAGCCCUCGUUCUCAGCCAGGAGAUCGUCCGCCGAGUCCAUCAAGACCACCACGACCUUCUCCACCGUCGCCGCCACGACCUUCUCCACCGUCGCCGCCACGACCUUCUCCACCGUCGCCGCCACGGCCUUCUCCACCGUCGCCGCCACGACCUUCUCCACCGUCGCCGCCACGACCUUCUCCACCACCGCCGCCACGACCUUCUCCACCACCGCCACAACGACCUUCUCCACCACCGCCACCACGACCUUCUCCAUCGCUACCACCACGACCUUCUCCACCACCGCCACCACGACCUUCACCAUCGCCACCACUACCACCGCCAACUUGCAACGGUAUACGCUGUCCUCCUGGCUUCUUCUGUCAAGUAAGAAGCCCGCCUUGUCAAAGACCUCCAUGUCAACCUCCCACUGCACAAUGUAUCCGCAAUCAACCUCCCUCGAUUCUGUGCUCGGAAAAUGAGUUAUGGAGGAACUGCUCAAGCAAAUGCGAGCCCACCUGCGACAACAGAAAUCCUAGAUGCAGUAGUGUGUGUGGUCCUCCGAAGUGUCAAUGUGAUCGCGGUUUCUUCCGUAAUCGAUCAGGGCGAUGCGUUCGUCCUUCGGAAUGUCCACGACGCCAUUAG